GCUUUCUGCCUUCUGCCUCUCCUACUUCGCUUGGCAUCUCGUCUCGCUCUUCUCUUCCAUGCCCAUGUCCGCGACUCAUUUCAAUGUUUCCGAACACGUACCACUCCAUCGCCAUAAUUCAACCAAGAUCAUCUACUUCAUUUGCUUUCUAACCUCGUUCGUCUAAAGCCAUCAAGUCUUUGUCCAGUGCGCGUCAUUACACCAUCGGACUUUACCUUCACAAACAGUCUAGAAUCUCGACUUCUACCUCCUACGCCUUUUCACAAUCCAUUUCAAUAACCGCGCAAUCGACCUGAUUUCAUCAACUCACAAAACAACCUCCCAAAAUUUCUCUCGCGCACACAUUUCAACGAUCCACCUUCGAAUCAGUCCAACCCGACUUCCCUAGAAUCAGAAUCAUCAGAUCUCUUUUUAAUUUGCGUCACAUCGCGUCCUUUGUUGUCAAUCCCUAUUAAUCAACUCCACUCGUCAUUGGUACUGGCCCCUGCUUGGUCUUUUGGUUUUGAAGCGGAAUGUCGGCAUGGAGACCGAUAAUUCCUCAACUUUCAGCGCAAAGCCGCCACCACUGAGUUCAGAUCAAUUGAAUUAUCUUAUUUGGAGAUAUCUUCAGGAAUCAGGCUAUGGAGAAGCUGCCGUCAAGCUUCAACGCGACUGGAAGGUCGACGCUGAAACCUUGUCCUUUGCCAAACAAAUCAAAGGCCAUGCGCUGGUGUCCCUGGUGCAAAAAGGUCUUCGAUACCAUUAUUUAUCCCUAACUAUUGAUGAGGUACUCUCUCCUUGAUAUUCCACUAACCUCAUAUGCGCUAACCCCACUCCAGAACGGCCGGCCGUCCAAACAAUUAAAUCCUUCCAUGUUCUUUUUUGGACCCGAAGCCGACAACCCACGCCGAGAAGCGCCCGACGAUUCUGCGCCACAGGCCGCCUCACCUGAUAAUGCGACCACCGCUACUCGCAAACUUGUUCGCGAUACCCCCAACGGCCAGUCUGAUCCUAACAUCGCCCAGCCUAGUACCAAGAAGGGCCGUAAGCCUGCCGCCGCGUCAGACCGAAAUGGCAGCACAGGCCGCAAAUCAACAGCCGCGAAUCGAUCUGCCUCAACUCCUGGCGUGGACCAUGAUGUCGCAAAUGGUCACCCGCCCUCCUUGGCUGAAGUCAGAUCUCCUUCUGCCACAGAACCAGGCCUUGACGAAAACGGGGUUCAGGUAAAUGGAGUCAAACAUGACGAUCGAAUGGACAUUGACGACGACCUGUCAACCGCUGAGCACCCCAUUAACGCACCCAGCAUCGAGUCGAUUUCGCUUCCUAUCAACACCCUGACCACAGGGGAAAGCAUCGGCAUUCAGGUGGUUCCAGCAAAAGUUGCGAACCUAGGCCCCUUCACCACCAUCCUCCAGGCCGAUGUUCACCCUUCAGCUGGUGGGCCAAAGUCUAUCACUCGUGUAGCUUGGCGACCUCGUCUAGGAGAUGUCGUCACAGCCAUGGGUGAUGAUUUUUGCGGCCAUUGGAAGUUGCCAGAAAGACUUUCUCAAAACCAGGCUCCACCUGUGUUUCAAAGUGUGGUCGAACCUGCUGCCAUGAGAUGCAUCAGUGCUGUUGCCUGGGAGCCGAAUGGGGAUAUCUUCGCGCUCGCGACUUACAGCGAACAAUCUGGUCAGCUCCAUCUCUACGAUGGACAAGAACUAACCUUGUUAGAGGCUCUGCCAGCGUCCCAGAGAGCAAUUAUUUCUUUGCGCUGGCACGCCCGAGGCCUGAGACUGUUGGGAAUUGCGCCCUAUGACAACAAUGUCGAGGGAGCUAGACAUCAACCCGGAUCAUCCAUAUUGCUCUGGGACCUCUCUAAAUCUCCCAACUUUGCAGGUCCCUCCUCUAUCUCUGUUCCCGAAAUUCUCGUCGACAUGGAUUCUGCAUCCCAUGGUGACCAGGGCAUUGUGUGUGCCGCCGGUCAAACUUCAGUGUAUCUCUACCAUGUCUUUUCCGAGCUUGAGAAAUCGCGGCAUUGGCAUUCGGAUCCUGCCCAGAACCAUCAGUGGACAAUCGUCAGAUGUGCGUGGUAUGGCAACGAAGUUCUUCUUGUUACCGCAUCAGCGGACAGUGCUGCUCUAUGGCUGCCCAUGAAAGACGCCAUGAAGUUGGAUGCGCAUGAGGGCAACAUUACAGGCCUGGAGCUGCGACCCCGACCUUAUGGCAGUGCUUUCUGGAAGCAAGAAUUUGCAACCUCAUCAAUGGAUGGUACGAUCAAGGUGUGGCAAUACGAUCAGAUGACUAAUUCCAUAAUCUCCCUCUGCAAGCUGGUUAUUGGCCCUGCUUCGCCGGUUAUGCAAUUAGCGUACUCGCCAGAUGCAUUUUGCUUGGCCGGUGCCAGUUACGACGCCAUUCGAAUCUGGAAUGCUGAACAUGGUCACAAUCACAUGGCGACGUGGAGAGGAGAACCAGAAACCUGGGCUGGCUCCCGACUGAAAGACGAUGAUACCAUGAGUAUCGGAGGCAUGUCGAACAUGAAUGGAGACGCACAACAGAUAAGCACAGAUCAUAGUUUGGUCUGGGACGUUGAGAGCAGGAGACUUGCAUUUGGUCUAGGAUCACAGGUUGCUAUCAUUGAGUUUCAACGCUGAUGGGAUGAAUCUGAAGUCUUGAUGAAUCCCAGCGUGAUCUGCAUCACGCCCAACUGCCACAUCUGUUGCGAGACUGAAGCCGAUUGCUUGAUCAUUUGCGCAGAAGUCGAGUCGCAGAGCACGAUUGCAACCCCCGGACACUCACAGCAACUCAGCAGACCGGACGCACCAGCUCCUCCCUAAAGAGCAUCAAAACGAUGCGAUGUCAGGCUGCGGCGCUCUCGAAAUCUCCCCAAUCGUCGUCGUCGUCCUUAUGCGCAUGUCGUGGUGCCGCACCUAUUGCAGAAGCGGAGGAACGCAAUUCGUCCUCGAUGUCGCGAAAUCCACGAAGCCAGGAAUUGACGCCUUCGCGAAUUUUGGUGUCUGGGGAAUCAGCGACGUUGUAUUCAGAGUCGAAUGGUUCGGGGUCAUCGACGUAGUAGCGUCCUCUAAAACGCCCCUUUCCGCGUGUCACAAUCUUUCGCUGCUUGUGGCUAGGAGUGGGCGUGUUAUUAAUCCAGCCUUCCAGACCAGCAACGGCACUCGACAUGGCAUUGACCGCGGUAUCUCUUUUCACCGAUUCUAAUGUUGUCAGAUCGACUUGAGUACUGAGCAUGUUAUUUUCUUCAACCAAGGCGCCGUUUAUUCUCUUCAGCCGGACGAUCUCAUCAGAGAAUUCAUGCAGGCGUUUUUCUUGGCGAAGGCACUGUUCGGCCACUGCUUCGAGUUUCUCAACCGUGAGUUGUUGGAGGUGGCGUUGUUCGUGUUGGCGCAUGCGCAUGGAGUCGAUGGUACUUGCGAGAUUCUCGCGAACCACUGCAAGCUCGGAAGGCAGGGCCGAGGAAGACGAUAGGGCAGAAGGAUUAGGUGAUUGGGAUUGAAAGUGGGCAUCGUCCAGGUGCUCAGGAUCGUCGUCGUUCAAGGCAGCCUCGAUGAGAUCGAUGGCAUUUUCGAUCCUCCUUCGCUUGGUCGGGUGGAGACUCCCAUCUUGUUCAAUAGCCCAGAUUUCAGACACGAGACCGUUCAAGCGAUUUGUGACAUGUGUGGGCUCUUCGACAACAUCAAAUGUCUUUGUACUAUCAUCCAUAGGACGCGGAGUAUUACUUCUGAGGCUGAUUGCAGAAUCGGCAAAUCCCGAGUUACUUGUCCACGAUGAUCCUGGUCGAAUAGGAGACUGAAGUGCAAGUGGCGCAUGGUCUUCGUGUAAUUGCGACAUGGUCGUCACGAGGAUGCACAUGGAAAAAGUCACACCGUGACCAUUACACCCUGGAGAUUGACCUUGUUGGUUGUGAAGAUAGUAUCGUUAUUACAAAAAAGAUAAUCAAGAUGUCGAAUAAGAUAGGCAGCGUAAUUCUGAGGAAAGUAGGAUAGGUAGCGAGGUUUUCCCAAAGCAACUGACUUGUAGGGAGAAAGAAAGGCUACAAUGAGUAGAAUGGAAGUAAGGUACUACCUAAUACUGAGUAAC